CCGUCAGAGCGUCCGCGUCACCAGCAUGGCCGCGGCGCUGGCGUUGUUGGCCCUCCUGGCCGCCUCGGCGGUCGCGGACCCGCUCGGGGCCGUCGCCGUCGACAACAAGAGCCCCCUGGGCUUCGACCUGAACGAACUGCUGGCCAAGUUGCUGGCUGCCUACGACCCCUUCCAUGUCGCACGGCAGCAGUUCGACGUGGACUUGAAGGAGAUCAGAGCCAAGGGCUACGCCGACAACAUCGUCAUCACGGGGGUCUCGGGGCUGAGGCUGCUCAAGGUGGCACUGAACGAGCUUGGCGCCGGCAAGGCGGAGGUGAGCCUCCACUUGCCCGCCAUCAACGUCGUCGGCGACUACGAGGUGACGGGUGCCGUCCUGCAGCCCCUCCAAGUGCCUCUGGAUAGCGCGGGAAAAUUCACAUUCGGAGUCACCGAGCUGGAAGUCGAUGCCUCGGUAGAACUGGGCAUCUCGGACGAGGGCCAAAUCCUGCUAAAGGAUUUCAAGCUGCCCUACUGGAACCUGACCGAGAUCGAGCUGAACCUGGAGGGUCUGCUUAGCGGCUACGCCCUGGGCCAAAUGAUCAACGACAUCCUGCACGACACGCUCACCCACAUCGUCACCAAGGCCUACCACGACAAGCUCACCACGCUCGUCACCACGAACGUCGUCACAGAGGGCGGCAAGUACCUGGCCAGCCUGCACCGAGACCACGGCCACCCCGCCUUCCAGAGUGGUGGUCCGCAGCGCGUCGAGGCCGCCGUCGUGCCGCAGCCUGCCCGGACCAGCAGCAGUGCGGACCGGGAGCUGUCCUCGAAGUCCGCCACGUGGACGGGGCGGACGGACUUGCUGUCCCUGGUGGGCUUGGACACCGAGGCGCUCGGCGUCAGCGGCAUGUUCACCCUUGACCUCGCUGCACCUCAGCUAUACCCGCACGGAACACUGCUGUCCGCGGACAGCGACGAACCAGCCGCCCGGGGCGUGUUGGCAAUGGGCCCCUCGGACAUCCGGGAGGCCGCCGUCGACGACCUGUUCGGCGUACAACUCGCCCCCGCCCAGUUCUACCGCCACGGCGAGCUGUCCUCGGGCAGCGAAAGCGCGCCGGCGGGGAGCUAUGGCGUCCAAAUCCUGGAGGGGAUGCAGGGGCUCCUGUCCGGGCACGGCGUCAAGUUUGAGCCCGCCAAGUUCUACGAGAGAGGCUACCUGUCCAGGAACCAGGACGCGGACUAGGCUGACUUGAAGGCUGACGUCGAUGUCGGAGAGCGAGUGCAAUUCCAGCUCCAGCCUCUGAAAACACACACUGUUGACACGACACAGCAAUAAAGACCAUCGGGACGGACUGGAGGCUCCGACUGCCAACUCCCGAGCCAACUCCGAAUGCAGCCCGCGCCUUAUUCGCAGCGCGGUGCGCGGCGCUGUGCCGAGAGUGAAAGUGCAGCGCUCCAGCGCGCUCUAGUCUCGCCACUUCCAGUGCCCCAGCGGCUCCAGCCUCCCAGCCUCCGCCGCCAGCUAGACCUAGCGAGACUAGCCGCGCCCUGUAGCGUCAUUUUCAAAAGCACCUUUAUUGUCUUUAUAAAAACUAGAGCAAAAUAACAACAACAAAACGAGCUUA